AUGGAGCCCCUGAAGAACAUAUUCAGUCGUGGCCCGCUGUCGAACUGGAAAAAUUUGGAUCAAUCCCAAAAAGGGAACUUCACAAACCCUGUGUGGACCGCCUUGUUUGAUUAUGAGGCGUCCUGUAAGGAUGAACUCACCUUGCGUAAAGGCGACUUGGUGGAGGUCCUCUCUCUGGACUCUGAGAUCUCGGGGGACGAGGGCUGGUGGGCAGGUAAGGUCAACAACAAGGUGGGCAUCUUCCCGUCCAACUACGGCUCCUUUAAGCCCAGCGGGUACACCAAGCUGCCCGGCAGCGCUGUGGUCAGCGAGCUGGGUCAGGCCGUGGUGGGCGACUUCGAGCCCGAGGAGGUGGAUUUCCGGGAACUGAGCCUGGAGGAGGUGAUCGGCGUCGGGGGCUUCGGCAAGGUGUACCGGGGCACGUGGAGGGGCGAGCUGGUGGCGGUGAAGGCCGCCAGGCAGGACCCGGACGAGGACAUCAGCGUGACGGCGCAGAACGUGAUGCAGGAGGCCCGCCUGUUCGCUAUGCUCACCCACCCCAACAUCAUCGCCCUGCAGGGCGUCUGCCUGCAGGAGCCCAACCUCUGCCUCAUCAUGGAGUACGCCUCGGGCGGGCCGCUGAGCCGGGCACUGGCCGGGCGCCGCAUCCCGCCGCACGUGCUGGUCAACUGGGCCGUGCAGAUAGCCAGGGGGAUGUUGUACUUGCACAGCGAAGCCAUCGUUCCGGUCAUCCACCGGGAUCUCAAGUCCAACAAUACUACACGCAGAGUCAGCUAA